UCCUAGAUGGCGCAUCGCCCAUCAUGUCGACCGCGCUACAACCUCUGGACCACAGCAUCUCCGGUAUAUCCCCAGCCGCAGCUUCAUCAUCGUCCCAAGCCUCGAAGCCGCAGCGGGUGCUUGCCUGCGUUCUCUGCCAGCAGCGAAAGGUGAAAUGCGAUCGCAUCUUCCCUUGCGCGAAUUGUGUCAGGUCUCGAGCGCAAUGUGUUCCUGGAUCUGUAGUCCAGCGUCGGCGGGCACGAAGAAUCCCCCAGCGAGACCUGCUGGAACGCAUUCGCAAGUACGAAGAUUUGCUCCGUCAGAACAAUGUCCCAUUCGAACCACUCCAUAGGGAUACGGCCGGGGAGAAAGGGCCUUCCAAUAUGGAGAGUGGGUUUGACUCGGAUGGCGAACAUCCCGAAUCCAUGCACUCAGACAUGCCAACUCCAUCGACCACCCACAGGUCCGGAAGAAGUUAUAGAGUAAAAAACGUAUGGCAUGUCAUGAGCCAGGGGUAUCGGGAACCAGAUAGUGACAGCGCUUCCUCGCGUGAAGAUGAGCUUGAAACUGCUGUGAAGCAAGCAUGGGAUCAAUCAGCUGUAAAUGACAACAACCUUUUGUUUGGCACCAGUGGACCAAAGGUUGACCUCUCCAAUUUACAUCCCGAUCCUGUUCAGAUUUUCAGGCUUUGGCAGAUUUACCUGGACAACGUAAAUCCGCUGCUCAAGGUGACACACACUCCCACCCUGCAGGGACGCAUCAUCGAAGCUGUUGGCAAUGUAUCCAACAUCAGUCCCACUUUGGAAGCCCUGAUGUUCGGCAUCUACUGCACCUCGCUUCUCAGCCUUGCGGCGGAAGAUUGUCAAAGGCAGUUGGGCGCUUCAAAAGAAGAUCUUUUGAUAAGAUAUCAACACGGCUGCCAGCAGGCUUUGCUCAAUUGCUCCUUCUUACGGACCAACGAUCGUGAGUGCUUGACCGCAUUAUAUCUCUACCUAAUCUCCAUCAGACCCAACACAGUUCCUCAGUCUCUGUCAUCCAUGCUGGCCGUGGCAAUUCGCAUUGCCCAACGCAUGGGCAUUCACAGCGAGUCGGCAUUGACAAGACACACUACGCUCGAGGCGGAAAUGCGUCGACGAUUGUGGUGGUCGCUGGUUCUUUUUGACUCGCGCAUCAGCGAGACCUCCAACUCCAAGCCCAUAACGCUAGAUCCGACUUGGGAUUGCAGGGUUCCUCUCAAUGUGAAUGAUUCCGACCUACGGCCGGAGACGAAGAAACCGCCAGCGAUGCAAGGAAAUACCACCGAAGCGCUUUUUGCUGUCGUGCGCUGUGAGCUGGGUGAAGUGGUCCGCCACUCUUCCUUCCAUCUCGACUUCACUACUCCGGCAUUGAAGACCAAUACCGACCCUCCCCGAGGCAGAUUUGAAGGAGAUGGCACCGAGCUGGCCAAGCUUGAGGAGAUAAUUGAGGACCAGUACCUCCAACACUGUGACCCAGAGCACCCGCUGCACUUCAUGACGAUCUGGACGGCCCGUUCGCACCUCGCCAAAUAUCGCCUCCUAGAGCACCAUUCACGAUGUUCGAGCUCGUCUGCGCGGCAGACGGACGCACAGCGAGACACCGCUACUUCGCACGCGCUCAGGGUGCUUGAGUGCGAUACCAAGGCCAUGGGCUCGCCGCUGACCAAGGGCUUCCGCUGGCUGAACCACCUCUACUUCCCGUUCCCUGCCUACAUCCAGAUCGUGCAGGACUUGCGCAGCCGGCCGACGGGCAAGCAGGCCGGGCCAGCCUGGGAAGCCAUGAGCGACAACUACGACGCCUGGUUCGGGCACCAGUUUCGAGAAGACAGUCCCUUUUUCCGGCUCUUCACCAAGUUGAUCCUUCAGGCGUGGGAGGCGUGUGAAGCGGCUUCCGGCUUUGAGCAAUCUGACGAUAUCUUGGUCCUGCCAAGAGUGGUCUCCUCCGUCAGAAACUCGUUGGCGCAAAUGGCGCCGCAUGCACGGAAUGCUGACACCGACCCCCCGCCGAGCGUGUUUACAGGCCCCGAAAUCGACGAGCAUCCCAUGCCAACAUCGACAAUUACGCCGACCCGGCUGGGAUUUCCGAACCAGAGCCCGCUGUAUAGUAAUGGCAUGCAGGAUGCGUUCAGCCUGUUCGGUCCGCAGAUGGACAUCAUCGUGCCCGGCCAGGAGGCGCUGGGCGGCCACGUGCGCCACUGGGACUGGACCGGGCUGGGAGGACAGCCUGGCUGGGAAGGCUUCUGAUUUCCUACGGGUUACCGCAUUUGGUGAAAGGGCAGUGAUUGUGGAUUCUUCCCAGCAAUUAUGGCUGGGCUCUCUAGGCGCAUUGCAUUGUCAAAUGACGCCUUCCCUUAUGUCCCUUUCGGGAGGACUUGUAUAACACUGCCUACAAGGGGCGACAGUCUAUUCUGGCGAUGACGAUAUGAGGAACGCUCCCCUCUCACGGUCUGGUAUAAUGUGGCGCGCAUGAGGAAGUGUGCCCGCUUGAAUCUACUCUAUAUGAAUGAACACAAUUCUCAGCUCAGUCUUCAAUGGAAAUCGUCCAUCCACGAUGUCUUCUCUCGAGUGACCGGACGAUCGAAGG